ACUACGCCUCGAUCGUGCUCCAGUGGAUGUUCCGCUCAAGUCUACCGAGAAUGUGACAAGCAUCGAUCUACUCUAUGCAGUCCUGCCAGCGCCGUUGAUUUCAGAAGUGAUAAAGGUGUCAUAUUCACACUAUCGCCGCCUUCGUGAUCCCGGAUUCGUGCUGUUAAAUGCCCCCGAUGUUUCUUGGAUGUGGGACUCACCCCUUCAGAAGACGGCAUUGACAGCUGUAUCUGCCCCGAAUGCGAGUCCCAUUGGUGUCGGCUAUGUAACUCGGAACCUCACUGGCCGAUAA